AUGGCAUUUCGUCAACCACACCGCAAUCGAUUAUCUCGUGGGCCAAGCUCUGAUCGGGAAUUGGAAUUGGAGCAGGUAAAUCAAGCUUUGAGGGAUGAGUUAUCUAACGAAGUUUCAAUCAAUAAGUCGAAUGAAAAAUUUAUAAAGGUUCUGGAACGUAAAUAUACCAGAUGUGAGAAUGAAAUCCAAUCUCUUAAAGAAGAACUGGAACGUCUCGAGAAUGCUUCAGAGGAAGAAAAAGCAGAGUUGAGAUCGGAGAUAUCGUCCCUUAAAAGAAACUUAUAUCAAGCUAAAAAGGAUAUCCGAGAUAAGGUAUCCUAUAUCGAUAGUAUAGAGAAGCAAUUACAAGAAUCGGAAGAGCGGGUUCAAAAAUUACGGCAUAGAUUCAAAGAUAUUUCUUCUCGAAGAAGCUCUCCAAGUUUAUAUAAUUCAGAAGAGGAAGAUAUAGAUAUGGCGAAUCUUGACCUUUUUAUACAAAUCGAACGAGGCUUGACUCGUAUUGAAAAUCACCUUAAAGGUGCUGGAACACCGUUAAAUAGUCCUAUAAAUAUUAUAAAUGGCAUUAGAGGUUCCUUAAAUACUGUUCGGCAUAAUUAUCAGUCUGCAUACCAGGAUAUAGACGGUGUUAUCGCUCAACGAGAUGACAGCAAUAAUCAGAUAGUCCAGUUACAGCAGGAUGUCAAUUAUUUUAGACAACAAAAUAUCACUUUACAAAAUCAAGUUAACCAGCUUACUCAAGAUGGUAUUACUUUGCAAAAUCGUAAUCAUCGGCUUACGCAAGAACGUGAUACCUUACAAAACCAUGUUAACCAACUUACCCGGGAUCUUAAUAAUGAACAGGGAGAAUGUUAUCGCUGGAGGAGAAUUGCGCAAAAAAUAGAAAAUGGAAUGCAAACACGUACCAAUGCUCUAUUACUUGACAAAUUUGCGCUUAAUUUUAAACUUCGGUGGUGCCAAAGACAUGGUAUAGAAUUACAACAAAGAUAUAAUUUGCGAGGGGGUUUGUGGCAUAAUAUUACCUUAGCAUUAGAAGAACAAUCGAAACUUAGGCGUUCUCUCGAAAUUAUUUAUAAGAUAUCUAUUUAUCGCUUAGAAUGGAAGCUACAACAAUGUCAGGGUGAUAAAGGAUUAUUAGAAUAUAAUCGUGAUCGGCUCUUUGAUAGAUACUACAAUAAAUUCAAGGAUCGGAAGGCAAGUCAUAUUAAGUGGAAAAAUAGAGAGCGCAAUUCACGGCAAUUAAUUUUAAAUUUACAAGCCCAAAUUUUAUUACUACAGAAUAAUAUACCGCAGAAUCAUAAUAACAAUCGAACAGGUAUGGUGGGUUACGAAUUAAAAAAAUUUCACGGAUAUCCUACUGAAGAUCCCGAAGAACAUAUUGAAGAACUUAGAUUAUGGCUUGUAGGUUCUGGAAUAGAUGUAGGGGCUGGACAUGCUAAUAGAAUUAAUGCUCAUGGUGUUUUUAUAGCAUCUCUCAAAGGUGACGCUAAAGAUUGGUAUGAAAGAACCAUUCACGGAAAAAAUUGGGAAUUGAGAAAUUUACUCGAUAAUACAACGCAAGCAAAUUUAGCUGGUGUUCAAGGAAGAAAUGCCGGUCAAAUUGGAGCACAGGCCUUAAAUCGUGCAAAUGGGCAGAAUGGUAAUGUUGUAAUUCCAGCUCAUACAGUAUUUGAUGAAGAUUGGUCUUUUGCUGAUGGACGACCAACCGAUCGCUUACCCAACGCACCCAAUGCUAAUACAGGUAAUACUGUAGUUGUACCUGGUAUUCGACUCGGACAAGUAUUAUACUGGUUUAGAACUAAUUAUCCUACAGUUACUGCAGAGAAACAACGAGUACUUUUUGGUUCAACAGUUCAAGGAAGUGAUCCCGUUGGCCGUUUCUAUUCUAAUUUACGUAGAUUAGCUAGGCUUGCUGGUAUUGAUGAACAACAAAUUCGAUUACAAUUUCUUCGUGGACUUUCACCCGCCAACCAGAUGGAAGUUCGUCGUUUAGGAAUCGAAAAAUCUCCAGACGAGUUACUUCCGAAACUUGAAGAAAUUGAAAGAUAUACAGCGGAACAAUUAUCUGGAGCUUACCUGCAUUCAAACUCAGAUUUAGUAUCAUCCAGUAAAGGUCACGGAAAGAAUAUUUAUUCAAGCAAUACGGGUAUGAGUAAAGAUGAAACGGAAAGUUUUGUAAAAUCUAUUAUAGCUUCAUCACAAUCUCCGCCCGUUUCUACACAAUCAACUUCCCAAAGACGAGAAGGACAAUUAUUACGACCCAGUCAAAUGAAACCAGGUGAAAUAUAUUGGGGUCCAGGUCUGCGCUUGAAUGACCAAGAAUGGCUUCGAAUGGAUGAAGCAACAGACCGUCUUAGUGCUUUAGCAGGUCCAUCUACUUUACAAUCAUUAAUAGAUACGAUUACUAAAGGAGUAGUUGAUAAAUUUUCUUCCUUCUUACCUAAGAAAAACGGAGACGCAUCGAAAAAUGUUGAAGUCGACUCAGAUGAAGAACUGGCUAAGCAUAUGAGUAAAUUGUCGAUAAAUAAGGCUAUAUCUAGACAG